UCCUAUCAACACUCUCAAAGAUGGCGGAGGUUACGACAAUGGUGAUCAAAGUUGACCUGAAAUGCUGCAAGUGCUACAAGAAAGUCAAGAAAGUACUGUGUAAAAUCCCACAAAUAAAAGAUCAAGUAUACGAUGAGAAGCAAAACACAGUUACUAUAAAAGUGGCGUGUUGCUACAGCCCUGAAAAAAUAUUGCAAAAGAUCCGCUGCAAGGGCGGUAAGUCAAUCCUAAGUAUAGAAAUCAAACCGCCGCCUAAGAAGCCAGAAGAGCCUAAGAAGCCACAAGAGAAACCGAAGGAACCAACGAAACCACAUCCGUGUGGGGGAUCGUGUGAACAGAUUGUUUGUGGGAGAACUCCAUGUUCUGGAAGGCCAGUUUGUGAUAGUUGGGUUAGUGGUUGUAAUUGUGGUUGCAACAGGGGUUAUUAUUGCAGGAAUCGUUGUGGUUAUUACAAUUAUUGUGAAGAACCUUGCUCGAUUAUGUAAUCAC